UCACCUCACGCGAGAGACCCCUCUGUACUGUUUACCAGUUACCGUUUGUCUUACACAGCGUUUUAUCGUGCGGUCUAUCUGGCGCUAUAUUCAUAAUUAUGUUCAUAAGGAAUUUAUAUCGAAGUGCUAUUAAAAUAAAUAUUAGACAUUAUUCUGGAAGCAGUUUAAAAAAACCACCAAAGAUUUUAAUUACUGGAGGUCUUGGUCAACUAGGCGUCGAGUGCGCUAAAUACCUUCGAGGAAAAUACGGGCGGGACAAUGUCAUCCUUUCGGAUAUUAUAAAGCCCUCGCAAGAAAUAGUUAAUGAUGGCCCAUACAUAUUUGUGGACAUUCUGGACUUUAAGGGCCUCCAGAAAACGGUCGUGGACCACAGGGUCGACUGGCUGAUCCACUUCUCAGCUCUCCUGAGUGCGAUCGGAGAGCAAAAUGUUCCUUUAGCAGUACGAGUGAAUAUAGAGGGAGUGCAUAAUGUAAUUGAACUUGCCAAACAGUAUAAUCUUAGGCUCUUUGUGCCGAGUACAAUCGGGGCAUUUGGUCCUGACUCUCCUAGAAAUCCAACGCCAAAUAUAACAAUACAAAGACCAAGGACUAUUUAUGGUGUGUCUAAAGUGCACGCGGAGUUGUUAGGCGAAUAUUAUUACCAUAAGUUCGGUUUGGACUUCCGUUGCCUGAGGUUCCCUGGUGUUAUAUCUAGCGAUCCUCCCGGCGGAGGCACGACAGACUAUGCUAUUGCGGUCUUCCACGAUGUUCUUCGUAAAGGCCAGUACCAAUGCUACCUCAAGCCAGACACGAGGCUACCGAUGAUGCACGUGAGGGACGCCCUUCGAGCCCUCGCAGAAUACUUGGAGGCUCCUAAUGAAAUACUAAAUAGAAGAGUGUACAACGUCACUUCGAUGAGUUUUACUCCAGAAGAAUUGACAGAAGCAAUGAGCAAACAUAUUCCUGAGUUCAAGAUCACUUAUAUGCCUGAUAGUAGGCAGGAAAUAGCUGAUUCCUGGCCGCAAGUUUUCGACGACAGUGAGGCUCGGAGGGACUGGAAUUGGAAACCAGAGGUCGACUUGGACAACCUUGUGAAGCUGAUGGUAAAAGAAGUCAAAGAGAAAAUUGUUGCCAAUGGACUAUCAUAGUGCUAAAAAAAUUAAACGUUUGAAAAUAUCUACACCGUUCAUACAGAGGUAUUCUGUUUGUGGAUAGUGUUGAUAUUUGUUGCUAAAUUCACAUAAAACAAUGCCGUCCAGUUGGUGCAUUUAAUUUUCUUUUAAAUGUAAUAUAAUUUUAAAAUAAAUAAAUUCUAAAUCCUAA